AGCUAUAGCUACAUCAGCAUCGAGGAUCAACGUCGUGCGUGGAGCUAGCUAGGAGCAGAAGACCGGAGAACAGUCAUCAUUUUUUCCUUCUUGAAGCAGUCACCAACCCUCUAGGAUAAUCAUGGAUUUUAUGGAAGGCAUGGAGGAGCGUCUCAGUGAUAUUCGUGGAAUUACGCUUAAGUCACUGCUUGAAAACCCAAGUUUUUUACAGCCUCCAACAGGCAAUAACAACGAAAAAGAUGGAAAGAAAGACAAAGAGGCAGGACUCCUUGGUUUGGAUUAUGCAGCAGAGGAUGUGGCCUCUGCCUUCCUUGGCCCUGCCCUGUGGGAGAAGACACCCUAUGACGACCUCAAGCUGGAGUACAUGGACCUGGAUGAAUUCCUCUCAGAGAAUGGAAUUGCAGUCACAGAAGGAAAGAACAAUAGCAAUGAAAAAGCCCCAGAAAAUGAUGACUCUCAGUCUGGGUUUUUGUUGCCUGUUUCUGAGAAAUCAACCACGGAGGAGAAAUCUUUGUCUUUGAGAGCAGCCUUGAACAUCCCAUCACCUACUCCAAGCCCUCCACCAAGCAGUCCAGACUCGAUCAGCCCAGAAGUCGUCAUCCCACCAGACAUGAGUCCAGUUCGGGAGCCAAGUCCAGUGCACGUCAAUGUACCAUUUAAGCUGACAGAAACAGAUGUUGCCCUUGCCACAGCUCCUGGCCAAGACACCUUUGAUCCAAAGGAUUGCAAUUUUACCGAGGAGGAGCUCAAACCCCAGCCAAUGAUCAAGAAGUCGCGGAAGAUCUACGUGCCUGAUGAACAGAAGGAUGAUAAGUACUGGGAGAGGCGAAGGAAGAACAAUAUUGCCGCUAAGCGCUCACGAGAUGCAAGGCGCAUCAAAGAAAACCAGAUUGUCAUCCGAGCAGCUUAUUUGGAGAAAGAAAAUGGUGCCCUCAAGGAUGAUGUCCUCGAACUGAAGAAGGAAAAUUCAACACUCAAGAAGAUCAUUGCGAGUUAUGAAAAGCGUCUCAAUGCUUCAAAGAUGGACUAGCCCAUAGUUUCAUCCCAAUAACUGUAAAUUCAUGAAUGGUCAGUCAUUCAAUGUAAGGAUGAUAAAAACAUACUUCAGUGUAAUUACAUCAGUUCACUCAGUCUUAGUUGGGAUAUUAAACCUUCUUCCUUCAGAUUUUAGCUGGCAGCGAUUAUUUUGUUUUGAAUCAAUUUGUCCAUGAUGAUGUGUUUUAUUUGGACUUCAUUUGCUUCCAUUCAGUCCUUCGAUACCUAUUUCUAAUCCUCAUCGGGUAAUUAUUUUGCGAAUGUGUUCAACCGAUUGGAAGUAAUUAGAUAUAUAUCAAAUUUAAAACUGCCUUGGUAUGAUGAAACAUAUGAAUUUAUACAGACACUGUACAAAUUUCACCUAGAUAGUAUCAUUUUUAAAAUGUUAUUGUACAUGUUCAUUGUAACUUUAAAUAAAUUGCCCAUGAAUACAAAGAUUUCAUUCUUUGAGGGGAAAGUCAUCUUUGAAUAAUCACAUUUAAGCCCUUUUCCCAAAGAUUAAUGGUAAUUAUAAAAAAAAUAGUGAUUCUUAAUUUCAUUUCCUCUUUCAUUCUUUCCCUUCUCUGCCAUGGGCCCAUGGUAAAAACUUUGAGCUUUAUUACAUACAGUGUAAAUUGUGCCGUGAAUGAUUUAAAGAAGAUCAACGAUUUUCUUAUUGAUUGAUUGAUUGAUGUACACAUAGAUCAUGAAGUUUUAUUAUUUGAAAUGUUUGAAUGACUUUCAAUUUGUUUAGCUUUUAGACUGCAUACAGAUACAUACUUUGGUUUAGCUCUAAAAUUUAGCAUUACUCUUUUGCUGGUUAAUUAUUGUUCUGGAUGGAUGUUUAUUUAAUUACAUUGCUGUUAAAGUAAUGAAUACUAAAUAUUAAUGUCCUUUUCUUUCAUCUGUACACAUUUAUUAGAGCUAUGCAUUUGAUCAAGCUCAAUCGCAAUGUCAAAGUUGAUGUAAACUGUUUCUUACUGGAGCAUUGACUUGUUUUGAAGUUAUUGCAGCUUUCAAAGAUGGUUUACAGUAUAAUUUACUGUACAUGUAUAAUACUAAGAGGCAUCAUUUUUACGGUUUGUUUAGACCGGGUAUUGUUCAUUCUGUGAAAGAUCAUCUGUACAGUAUGUAAUAAGUAGCUUAACCUGUCCUCUGGCUAAAUGGAAAUGUAGAUGUUUCAGAACCAAGUCUCAUAUGAGAAUUGGAUCAUCUGAGGUUGAUUUAUUCAAGCAAAUUUUUAUUUGUUUUAUUUAAAAAUUUUGCGUCUAACGAACAGAUUUCUAUGGCCCAAAGAGAUUUUAUUUGGGCAGAUUCAUUUGGAUAAUGGACAUUCAUGGAGGUUUGUGUACUUUAUUCAAGAUAUAUUUUCCUUGGCAUUGCUUCAAGUUUUCGUUACUAUCCUUGAAGCUGAAACAAGGUUGUUCAUCAAUGCAGUACAUGUAUUUAUUUAACCGGCACAUGCCAGCAUAAUUUCCUUACCCAAUUAAAAAACUUCCUUUCCUGAAUAUAAGUACAUGUAGUUGAUUUGAGUUACAGACUGGAGGAGGCCGAGGAAAAACUGAUAUAAAAUUUUAAAUAUCUCCUGAGGGUCAUUCAAUUUGUUAGAAUUUGGAACUUCAAAUAUUGGCCUGUGAUAUGUGUAUAGAUAGUAUUUUGGCAGUUUGCCAGUAAAAUUGUGUUGGGCUCAGAAAGUCGCAUGCCAAUUUACACAAGUUUGCAAACAAUAUCACAAGAAGGAUUGAAUUUAUUAUCAGACUUUCUACAACACUGGUAAAGAAAAUUCGAGCCAGACUAGUGUGUUUUCCCACUUCCAUACAAAAUUUGUCUAAUUAGCCUGUGUUUAACUUUAUCCCCAAAAAUAAAAAUGAUUCUGUCCCAUAACACUGGAUAUUGGUCAUGCUCAUUGUGUCAUUUCACUAGUAUCUAGUUACUAUUGUGCAUGGAGCAGUAUCUAUAAUGUAAACAUCCAACUAGAACGUUUUGUGAUGUGCCACUUUGUGCUACCUCUUAUUGUACUGAUUUUUGGAACAGUAUACCAUGCACAACAAACCAUUGAUAUCUAAAGUCUUGUUUACAAAGUGUAAAUGGGUCUGAUGAAUAAAGGCUGGUAAAGGUUGGUGACAUUUGAGGUACAUGUAGGUAGCAGUUCAAUGACCAAACUGCCAACUCUCUGAUGCAUGUUCAUAUCUCCAUUCAAGUUUGUUUGUUUGGUUAAAACUCUGUGGCAUCAAUGAAUAAAAUAUAUUCUGAGCUCAAUUAUGGAAUCAAGUAUAAGUGCACUCACUCUUGGGGACAUUCUAAAUAUUCUUGUUGGUUUUGUGCAUGGCAGUACAUGCAUUGCAAUGUUGCCAUUAACAAAUGAAUGAUUAUUAUUUGUGUGAUUUCAUUAAUGAUAACAAGAUUGAUACAUGUGUGUCAUGGUAAGGGGAUGAUUCUGAAUAUUUUCUUGCACUAUUUUAAGUUUGUUUCACCCAAUGUAAAGCCAAAUGUUAAUGUACAUAUAUGAUACACAAGUGAUAUGUGUGCACAAGUGUGUGAAAUAAUUUUGUGGCUGGAAUCAUACGACUGUUUUUGAUGCACAGUAUUGUUAUCAUGAAAACUUUAAAUGUAAAUUCUGUCGAGCCUUGUGCUGUGCAAACAUGUUUAUGUCUAACUAGUAAUGCACAUAAUGAAUUAUAAACAUGUAUUUAUGGUUGUAUUGUUGCACAAUUUUAGGCCAAAACAGUGCAUUAUGCUGGCUACAUGAAGAGUGGAUUGUGACAUUUUUGGGAAUGCCUAGUCACUUUUCAGGUUCGAAACCUCAAUUCAGGGGCAACUUAUUUCAGACCAUAGCGAACACAUUUUUUGUACAAAAUGGUUUAUUCUACAUGAUAUACAACAAGCUUUGGUAUCAAUGCUACGUGACACGCCUUAUGAAUCUUCAAGUAUUACUACAGAAGAUAUAACAAAGUAAACAAAUUUGCAUGGGAAAAUGACAUGUCUGUGUACCCCCAGCACUUCCUAGUUUAUCACAGGUCACCAAGUCCACAUGUAUAUGAUUAAUAAUUAACAAGGCAUUAGAUAUCUACAUGUACAUGUACUUUUCCAUGUACACUUGGAUCUACUAGGUAAAUGGGUGACUUGGCCUGGGUUAUUCAGGAAGCCAGGCAGAGUUAUCAGAAGUAGGCCUGCCCUACACUCUCCUCAUGCAUGCUUACCAUGUAAAGCCUUCUAGGACACACACAAAGUAAGCUUCUGUAAAGGUUCUUUGUAUGGUUAAUUGGCUAUAAUCUCAAGUCUGCCUAUUGUUGAGCACUGAACUGAAAACCUUUUCAGGGUUCACAAAUAUGCAAAGUAACCACUGACAAUGGUAUGCCAAUAUAGUUGAAGCUCAUUUUCAUUGUUUUUUUUAAUUCAGUUGAAUUCAUUUGCAUUUAUAGUAUUCAAUUACAUGUAUAAUUGUUGCUAAAAUGCAGAUCACAAUUUUAAUGAAUCUAUGCAUUAAUUAUGUAAACUGUUCACCACUACAAAAAUGGAGAAUGGUUAUUCAUUCUCCCAUUACACAGUAUGGAGAUUCAUUUUAUUUUAAUACAAGUCCUUUAUCUACAGUGUAACAUGUGGGGUAACAUGUGACUAUAUGUAUGCAAACUGAAAGCAUGGAUCUUGUAAACCAAUUUGCCAAUUAAAAACAGAGCUGCUUGUAUUGCGUGUGCAAUGUCUUCAUUGCAUUGAUGUCAACCACACUUGAGAAAUUUAAACAAACAAAAAUUUCUCUUCAUUUAUAGUGUGGAUUAUGCACAUUUUUUACCAGAAGUCUAGUUUUUUAUUAGAAGAUUGAGAAUGGUUUCUAAGUUCAAAAUAAUGAUGAAUUAUUUAAAUUUUACUCAUGUACAUGUACUUAAAGAGAAUAAAAAGAAAAGUAAUUAAUGGCUCAUUGAUCUACAUGAAAUAAUGAUUAAUUAUACCGUAAUUGAUCAUCAUGACAAAUUAUUUACAAUUGGUAAUAGAUUAUUGAGUUAAAUAUGCUCUAUGAAUGGUCUAUACUAGUAAACCAUAGUAAUGUUUGCAUGUAAUUAUUACAUGACGCUUUCAAUAUGAAUUUGGUCGGAAGUGUGAUGAAGCUUGUUUUGCUUUUGGUCAUCUGAGUGACUGGAUUAGAAAAAGAUGUUUAAUAAAAGUGUACAAGUUUUAUUCAAUGGCUCACUAAUGUGCCUGUUUGGAGUGAAAACACUUACACAAAAAAAAAACAUAGGAUACUCCUUUUAAAGUUAGGUACAUGUAACCCAUGUUCAAUGUGGAUGCAUGCAUGGGAAAUCUUUCAUGCCUAUGAAUGAUAAUGGCCUUCAGUCAGGAGUGACAAUCAUGUUUCGCAUAGCCAACUAAUGAGUUUAAUAUACUGUAGGCAUAUGAUACUUUGUAAUUUUUGUAAAUGUAUAUUGGACAUGCUGUUACUGUGAUUGUGUUCAGACUCUGUGAGCUUGUUCAAACUUUGUCUAUAGUUAUUCUACAAUUAAGUAAUUGGAUAAACUGCGCUGCACUCAAUGUGGGUUAAACUGCAUCAAAUGGUAAAAAAAAAACAUGUACAUGCAUUUUGAUGUUGGGGAACAUGUCAUCACAGAGUUAAGUUUAAUUGAAAUGACUUCUAAAUACGUUUUUUUUUUAAACAUGAAAAAAUAAAUAGGGCUUUGUAUAUGGUAAUGAGUCAAAUUUGUCUCAGGUAAUGUAUAUAUUUUAAAGUGAACUUUAUCAAACUAAAAUAUGUGUGUGUGUUAGUUCAUAAAGACAGAUAUUGAUAGAACUACAUUCAUAAGGUGUAACUUUUGAACUUCACAAAUAAUUUCACUUAUUUUCAUUAUUUCAAGUUUCCUUAAUUAUUCUUAACCAUUAUUUACAUUUGCUUUAACCAGUUUUUACUGCUUGAUGAAUUGACUUUUAAUAUCAAGGUGAUCAUACCCUUUUAAAACAUUUUAUAACAUGAUAUCCCGCAAAAAAAAACAUCUAGGUCUUUUUUUUUAUGUUGUACAAAUGCAAAUUUUUAAAACUGCCCCAUAAAACCCCUAGUGCAAAGUGACCUUUUUGCUUUUCUGGUGUGUUUGCAUGUAUUCAUCUAUAUUUAGCAAUUAAUCACAUGAAUGUUCAUCAUUAACAAUAUAUCAUUUCAUGGAAAGUGUUUUUUCCAUAAUCCAUAUUGAAUUCUUUAUCGAAACUCUGCUAGAAUGCAUAGCUUCCCAACCCCUGAAUUUAAACAACCUACUUCUCAGCUGAUAUUGGCUAAUUAUCUUUUGUCUUGCUGGGGUUUUCUGUGUUUGAAAAGAAAAAAAAAUGAUCAUGUCGCACAAACCAAUUACCUUGUGUAUUGUAAUAGAGGAGUACUUGUAAAUCUAAUCCAGUUCUAGUUCUAUCAAUGACUGUAUUCAUUGUCAUAACAUGUAUAUUGUAUAUAAUAAAUGUAGCAUAUUAUGAUGUGAAGUUGAAUUGAUGUUUAGCCAUAGAGAUGGAUACUCUUUUUUCCUGUCAUGAGUGGUAAUGGAACAAAGAAAACCUAGUCAUUGGGUUAUAUGUGUAUAUACAGAGAUGUAUUUUGCUAAGCUUGACUAUGAUGUGGAAAGUAUAUAUAAAUAUAUUCAUGUAUAUGGCA